AUGGCCCACCACCAGAACAAACCGGUCAGCAUCGUGAUACAGGAUCCGAAUGGUCAGCAGCAAAUUCUACAGGUAAUGCAAACGGCGUCGACCACCGGCCGGCCGUUGACUUCGGCCAGCGUCAAAACGAUCGUGAAGGAAGUGACCGGCCAGGAAACGAGUGCAAUUAUAGCAGGACAGAAUUUUGCCACCCCUGUGAUGCAGAAGCUCGCGCCCGGGCAGAAAAUUAUCACAAUGAAUAAUCCCAAGCUGCAGAUACUGAACUCACCCGCAGCCAAGAGUGCCAGCGGGAAACCCCUGGUCCGAAUCUCGCCCUCACAGUUGAGCCAGUUCAAGCUGGUGUCCAACACCGGUGGCCACUUCACGGGCUCCACGAUUUCCGGCCGAAAUCUAACCGCCAUGCUGGCACCGUCCACAUCGGUGUCCCCGUCAACGUCCACGUCGAGCCUUCAAAUGGCCGGCAUGGCGACAUCAUCACCGGCCUCGACGUCCUCUUCAACGUCCUCGCCGGCGACCUUCGUCAGCAACAGCACAAACAUGAUGACCUCCGCCCCCAGUCCGACGAUUGUCAUGCCCCAACUCCCGCCACCUGCCUCUCCUGCCGCAGCCCACCACGUUAAAGGAUCUCAUCAGCAGCAACAGCAACACCAGCAGCACCACAGUAGUAAUCAUCAGCACCAGCCACAGUACAAUUACGGCAAAAAGGCCGCGGCCAGUGGCCAAAUUCACACGCCCGCCUCCCGCCGAAGAAAAACGGACAAAAUCGGCCGCGGGCUGAGGCACUUUUCGAUGAAGGUGUGCGAAAAGGUGAAGGAAAAGGGCACCACCACGUACAACGAAGUCGCGGACGAGCUGGUCGCGGAGGAAACCCAGAGCCACGCCGGUGCCGAUCCGGCCUCGUACGACCAGAAGAACAUCCGCCGGCGGGUGUACGACGCGCUCAACGUCCUGAUGGCGAUGAACAUCAUCUCGAAGGAGAAGAAGGAAAUCCGCUGGCACGGACUGCCCACGAGCAGCGUCGAGGAGUGCGACGACCUCGAGAAGGAGAACGAACGGGCCCGCGAACGGAUCGAAACGAAGCAGCAGCAGCUGCGCGAACUCAUCCUGCAGCACGUGGCGUUCAAGUCGCUGGUCGCGCGCAACCAGGAAAACGAGGACCGGGGCCUGGUGCCCAACUCCAACUCCGCCAUCCAGUUGCCAUUCAUCAUCGUCAACACGGAGAAGAAAACUCACAUCAACUGCAGCAUCUCGAACGACAAGUCGGAGUUCUCCUUCAAGUUCGACAACACGUUCGAAAUCCACGACGAUCUGGAAGUGCUCAAGCGAAUGGGACUGCUGCUUGGUUUGGACAAGGGAGAGUGCACCAUCGAAGAUAGAAACAAGAUCAAAUCGAUGGUGCCCAAAUCGCUGGAAAAGUACAUUGAUGCGUACGGUCUCGGCGUGGAGAACGAAUCCGAGGACUGGGAGAUGGCGUCGUCGUUCAACGGGGGCCAGGACUACGACGACAGCGUGCAGGACAGCACGGACCUGGUGUCCAGCUACCAGGACAACAUUAGCGAGCUCAACGACGACGACCUGAUCUCCGAGGACGGCCAGGACGGUUAGAGCGGCAUGUCGCAAUCUGCAAUCUGCGUGUGGUGGUGCGUGAAAGGAUUUCGUUCGUACUUCUUUUAUUGGCCUUAGGUUGACGUCGUUGUGGGAUGGGAGAGAUGCACGCGCACGCACGCACGAAAAGUUGCUGGAAGUCGGAAGUAAGGUAGGUUUAAGCAACACAAAUUGAGAACUCUACGGCCGCAACGAGCUGUAGGGGUUGAAUUUUCAGUUUUAAUUACAAAACAAGAAGAAGUAAACCACAAAUGUUACUCUUAAGCAAAGAUCAUUAAAUGUUGCACGUAAAGUGCAACUCAAUACACUGAAAAAAGAGAAAUGAAAAACACACAAAACAAAUUCGUUAUGAAUAUCGUUAUAAGAGGAAUGCGAAACGUAGUAAAUGUGCAAAGUGCAAAACAAAAGGAAACAAUUUUGUCUAAUUGGUUCAUCUUGAACCGGCGCUUAACCGUGUCGAUUGGCCUGAAAGGAUCCGUAGCUGAUAACGAAAAUGCACCCAAAAGUACAGAAGUUACUUUUUACAACCGAAAAGCCGCAAAACAGAGAAAAGUCCAUCAACAAGAAGUUACUCACACAAAACAAAACAAAACCAUUUUUAUAUCAAACUUAACAAACAACACACUAAAUGUUAGAAAAGAAAAGAAAAAAUAACUGCAUCGAACACAUCCCAAUUUUUUAAGAGCAAACAUCUCAGGCUUAAGUUUCUGUCAACAAUCAAUCAAAAGUAGAGAGUUUUUUCGCAUUCGUCGCGCCCAUUAACCAUAUUUCAUCACACACACUACCUAAUACAAAACCCCAACAAUAGCCGUAGGAAGAAAACAAAAUAUCUAUUAAAAAUACCACAUCGUACGUGUCAUAUCGUGUUUAUUUCUUUUGCAGUGUAGAGAAAAGCGCUUUUCAAACCCAUAUUUUUCUUUAAUUUUCACCACUGAAUGUUUCUGUUUAAAAAAAAAUAUUGAACGCUACAAAACAUUAAGAAUACUAAUAAAAAGACAAAUUGUUUUCCUGCUCCUCGUCAAAUGAGAUGAGCGGGGGAAACACCAUUGGCAAUAUUCUACCAACAAAACAAAAAAGAACGAAAUUGUACAUAUUCAUUGGGCUUAAAAUUGUAGCAGCAAACAUUGGAAAGAACCCUUGAAAAAACUAAAACGAAGAAAAAAGAGUGAAAAAAGCUUGCUGCAGUUGUAACACUGAGUAACUCAGAAUAAUGUAGUUUAACUCGCACAUGAAAACAAACAGAAAAAAACUUUUAUUUCAACCUUCAACAAACAAAAAUAUAUUUUUUCUUUAAACCCCCUGCAUCAAUAGAAAUCUAUAUAUUUAUUUAUAAGUGCGUUUUUGUUCUCGUUUUUUUAAGUUUCUUUUAUUGUCAUGUUUUUUUAGUCUUUAUGUAUAUCGCUCGGUAGCGACGAAACAACAACCCCUUAUGAAAGAUGCAAACAGCAGGUUGACGACGGAAGAGAAACAGAAGCAGAAAAAAAAA